CGCUAAGCUUGCAGGCUUGAAGGGCCUGCAGGUGGCCAUAGCUUCACCCCGCCUCGCCUCGCCUCGCCUCGAUCAUUGCAAGUGUUGCAUCCCGACGUCCUUCCAAUUUCGAUGACGUCUUGAUCUUGGUCUUGGUCUUGGUCUUGGUCUUGGUCUUGGUACUGAUGUUGCCUUGAUCUUGCUCUUGCUCUCGCUCUUGCUCUGCUGCUCUUGAUCUUGAUCUUGAUCUUGAUCUUGCUCUUGCUUCUUGAUCAGCUCUUACCUACUCUUGUGUUGAUGUGCGAGUACGGCAGGCUUGGCCCAAAGCAGCAUAGCGCAGACAGAGCAGACAGAGCUCGAUGGUCAUGAUCUUGACCUUGACAGGUUGAUCUUGAACUUGCAAUGGAAUGGAAGUCAUUACCAGUGCAUCACCUCAAGGGCAAUCAGUCAGGCAGCUGACUGGCUGGUCAGCUGCCCAGUUUUGCUUCUGUCGUUCUUUAUGUACGGUACGGUAGGUUGACAGGGGCUGCACUUUCCCCUCUCCCUCUCCCUCUCCCCUCAUCACACCAGUCGUCAGUCGUCACUCGCUUUUGUUUUCGCUAUCCCGUCAACUACUCGUACCUGCUGUAGGAGGCUAAAGGUAAGGUAUCCAUACUUUCGCCUCGAAUAGUCGAGCCAAGCGAAGGGAAGGGAACGGGAACGGGAAAGCGCUUUCGUCAUGGCCACCUCCCCCUCCCUACUCCUACAGUACCAAUCUUUACCUCCUCACCCCACCUAGACGUGGGAGGUACGAGUAGGUGCUACUCUGUAAGUGCUACCUUGUAAGGUCUCUUGUGUCAGGUCCGUGAGAUGCUGCAUCGCAGAAAUCACAUCUCCUACCACUACCACUACCACUACCACUACCACUACCACUACCACUACCACACCCUCCCCAUUCUUCUUUGGUUAACACUGCGGAACAUAGAACGAGAGGAAACGAAUAAUCGGCAUUUCAUCAUACCUUACCCUACCUUACCUUGCCUCACCUAUCUACCCCAGCUUUUUCCAACCGACCAAGGCAAGCCGCAGCAGAGCUUGACUUCUGAUUGUUGUGUUCUACAUCCAUUGCCUCUUAGAAAGCUUUUUUUUGGGACAAGAACUCCUCGACCUACAUAUGUCCAUACCUGCGAUCCAAGUGUCAAGCUUCACUCAUGACUUUCGUCAAUGAGAAGGAGACUAGGCCAGGGAGACCACAUCCAUAUCUUCAUGGCAAUUUCGCUCCCAUCCACCGAGUUCAACCCCUCACGGCUUGUCCAUACACCGGUUCGAUACCUCAAGAACUUGCUGGCGGGGAAUAUGUGAGGAAUGGAGGAAAUCCGCCCUCGGCCUCCUUCGACUUGGGAAGAGAUGCACAUUGGUUUGACGGAGAUGGCAUGCUCAGCGGGGUUGCAUUCCAAAGACAAGGAGACGGGCAAAUAUGUCCAGCAUUUGUCAAUCAAUAUAUCCUGACCGAUGCCUACCUCUCGACUCUUACCACCCAAUCUCUUCGAAUUCCAAUUCUCCCGAGUAUUGCAACACUUGUUAAUCCAGCAUCGACUUUACUGCGCAUCAUCCUACGAAUAUUUCGAACGCUGCUCUUAGUCUUCCUCUCUCAUCUGCCUGGCUCACAGCAAGCAAUUAAGAAGAUCAGUGUUGCCAACACUGGAAUCCUAUAUCAUGAUGGGAGGGCAUUGGCUACUUGUGAAAGUGGACCACCAAUACGGGUGUCUCUACCGAGUUUGGAGACUGUUGGAUGGUUUGACGGUGGAAAGGCAGAAGGAGAGCCAGUUACCCAGAGAGUUCCAGGUGAUACUUUUGGAGGGAAUGGUCUACUUGCUUUCAUGAAGGAAUGGACAACAGCACACCCUCGAGUCGAUCCCCGCACCAAAGAACUCAUACUCUUCCACUCAACAUUUCUUUCUCCGUUCGCAAUGAUUUCAAUUAUACCAAGCUCGCAGACAACAAACACCCCUACAACACCCAGUCGACUUGUGAAUGCUGCCGUUCCAGGUAUUGGAUCUGCAAAGAUGAUGCAUGAUUUUGGAGUUUCCUUUACACACACUAUUAUCCUGGACUUGCCUUUAUCCCUGGAUCCAAGGAAUCUCGCUAAAAACGAGCCUGUGGUAUCAUACGAUCCUUCUGGCAAGUCACGAUUUGGCAUAUUUCCAAGAUGGAAUCCCGAAGCGGUCCGUUGGUUCGAGACAAAUCCCUGUUGCAUAUUUCACACUGCGAAUACAUGGGACGAGACCAAAACCAGCCUGGGGACUGAUAGAGUGGAGACAGCUGCGGUUCACAUGCUUGCUUGCCGGCUUACAAGUGCGGCGCUGGUAUUCAGUGCUGGAGACGUGGCAUCGCCAAUUCCAAAGAAAGUCAUGUCUCCCAAGUAUACGCCGGAGGAAGAACAGUGCCGUCUAUACUACUACCGCUUCGAGCUUUCUAGUGCACAGAACGAGAUUACUCAUCAAUUCGCAUUGACUGCUAUGCCUUUCGAGUUUCCAUCCAUACGAGAUGACAUGUCCAUGUCCUCAGCCCGCUACAUUUACGGCUGCUCAGUAUCAGAUAGCACUUUUGGAGCUGCGUUGGGCCGGGCAGUGAAGAUCGAUUCUUUGGUCAAAGUUGAUGCUACUGCGUUGAUCGAAAAGGCAGAUGAAUAUCCACCGACGCCAAUCACAGGAUGUGUUGAUGUAAGAACCGUCACUGAGAUUUUGGCCUCGGAUGAUGCAAAUGAUCCGAUCAAAGUCUUUAAGCUACCCAAAGGAUUCUAUGCGCAAGAGUCAAGAUUUGUUCCACGCAAAUACGGGACAUCAGAAGAUGACGGAUGGAUUCUGUCUUAUGUCUUUGAUGAGAGUCAGCUCGACCAGAGUGGCAUCGCAGACAUCAGUUCCAAGAGCGAGCUCUGGAUCAUUGAUGCCAAGAAUAUGAAAGAAGUGGUAUGCAAAGUACAACUACCACAAAGAGUACCCUAUGGUCUGCAUGGAAAUUGGUUCAGUGAGCACGAGAUUCUCAACCAGCGGCCAGUGGAAACAAUUCGGCAUCUACCCAUACCACAACAAAAAGUCUUUACCGAGAUGGAGGCAAGCGAGAAUCUUGGCAUGAAUGUUUGGAUGGCGGUGAGGAAGCGGAUAUUGGAUAUCAUAGGAUAA